UUGCGUCUUCCUCCACUCCAGACUCCAGAGUCAAACGCAUCAUCAAUUCUCACCUGUUGAGAGUAUCGACAAACCAAAUGGAGGCGCUCGUUGUUCGGCGGCUGGGCGACCCGACGCUGGCCCCCGGCGGCGAAGCCUCCCCGUUCGCCGCGGUCUCUGGGGAUCAUCCUGUGCCGGAAAUCUCGUCGCCAACGGCAGUUAGAGUGCGAGUCGCGGCGACCAGCCUCAACUUCGCCACGUUCCUCCAGGUGCAGGGCAAGUACCAGGAGCGGCCCCCGCUGCCGUUCGUGCCUGGAUCCGACUACUCUGGCGUGGUCGACGCAGUCGGGCCCGGCGUGCGUGGGCUCCGGCCCGGCGAUCGCGUCUGCUCCUUUACCGGCCUCGGGUCCUUCGCUGACUUCAUCGUCGCCGAGGAGAAGCAGCUAUUUUUAGUGCCUGAUGGAUGCGACCUGGUCACAGCUGGGGCUUUACCUGUUGCAUUUGGUACAUCACAUCUGGCCCUUGUUCACCGAGCCCAAUUGAAGGCUGGCCAGGUGCUACUUGUUCUUGGUGCUGCUGGUGGUGUCGGGGUAUCUGCUGUGCAAAUAGGAAAAGUUUGUGGUGCUGUUGUUAUUGCAGUUGCUAGGGGGGCUGAGAAAUCGGAAUAUCUCAAGUCCAUAGGAGCUGAUCAUGUAGUUGACUCAAGCAAGGAUAAUGUUGUCGAAAGUGCCAAGUCCUUCUUAAAGGCUAGAGGCUUGAAAGGCGUUGAUGUUUUAUAUGACCCAGUCGGGGGGAAACUAACUCAGGAUAGCCUGAAACUUCUCAGUUGGGGUGCACACAUUCUUGUCAUCGGAUUUGCCAGUGGUGAUGUUCCAGUUAUUCGAGCAAAUAUUGCUCUUGUUAAGAACUGGACAGUUCAUGGUUUGUACUGGGGAAGCUACUUAAUUCAUCGGCCACGAGUGCUCAUUGAUUCCCUCAAUGAACUCUUGUCGUGGCUUUCAAAGGGUCUGAUAAAAGUUCAAAUUUCACACUGCUACAGACUUGUUGAGGCCCAUCUUGCGUUCUCUGCCCUGAGAGAUAGGAAGGCGGUUGGCAAAGUGAUGAUUGUAAUGGGCCCCUCAGCAGUAUCAAGGCUCUGAUAUCAUUCAGAAAUCUACGAGAUCAUGAGGCUUCUACUGUGUAUCUCUUGUAUCCAUUGUAGGACAAAGAUUAUCCGAGACUGAAGUAGUUUCCUUGUGAAUAAUGUUGUAUAUGAUAUCUACAAAAACAAUCAGAGUAAUAAGCAGUUUGUCUCGACACAAUGCCAAGCAGCGUAUACAGCUGAUGCGAAACAGCUCUACGAUGCCAAUGCAGUGAGCAGUGGCAAGUAAAAUGAACACAAUCUGAUUAAUCAGCA